AUGCACUUACUAUCGCCGAUUUGUUCCGAAUUUCGUCAGCGCUGCGAGUGGAACUACGAACAGGAGGAGGAUUUCCAAGCUCUGAAGGAACGGCUAUGUACUGCAUCUAUGCUAGCGUAUCCGGUUCCAGGUGCAACAUUUGUUUUGGAUACGGAUGAUAGUGGUUAUGACAUAGGAGGCGUACUGUCGCAGGUAACUGACGGCCAGGAGAAGGUAGUUGCAAUUAAUUAUAUUUUCCAUUAUUCCAGAUUACUGACGCUGCCAUCUGGCUGGCGUAUACAAUUCGGCAGCAAUGUGAAUUUCAUCUUCGAGACAGAUGAGGUGUGUCAUGCUUCACCGGCAACAAUAUCUCGCAUGGGAAUAGUCAAUAUGAAUAAUACAGAUUUUCCGCAAGCACAAAUACUUGAAACCAUGCUAGCCAAGGAAGAGUUUGGCGACCUCGUGUUCAGUUACAUAGAGGAACAAUUUAAGCCGGCCGUACAGUGGGUCGAAAAAGAGUAUCUGUACCAAAGCAGCUCCUUACCCCCUUUAAAUACUUGGAAGCUCCUGCGCGCCUUACUUUUGCGGUUGAGCGCCGUACAAAGUCGCGAUGAGUUUUGUGUGACGCUUUGUCGUACACUUUACGGUUUUUUGCCACCUGAACGACACAAUGAAUUAGCCAAUUUUAUAUUUGAGCGCGCAAAUAUUCACAUCAGUAAUCCAAAUCGUGCAGAAUUGGCAUACUUUAAUAACGAACUCAACACAAUUGAGUUUUAUGAGUCAGAUGCCUUACCAUUAUUUGACGCAAAUGAGCUUAACGGUGGGAUGCAACUCUUACAGACCGCUGCGGUUAAAUCAUAUUUAAGUACGUUACGCACCUACUUAAGUGCUUCCGCUAACACACCAUUCCUAAUUGUGGGCCCGACGGGUUCAGCGAAAACGCUGCUGUUGAUGCAGGCGGUACAGGAGUAUGCUGGCUACAAUAUAAUCAUCGUUAACUGUUCUACGCAGCUUACGACCGCCUACAUCUUACAUUGCUUAAAGCAGAACUGCGUCACUGUGAGUGGUCUACGAGGGCGGGAAUUCAAACCGAAGCAAUUGCGAUUGAUUUUGUUCUUGAAGAAUAUUGAUCUUUGCUACAUCGAUGCAUGGGGUACAAGUGAAGUUAUGGAACUGUUGUUUCAGCUGGUGCAACGCUCCGGUUUUUAUGCAGAAAAUCUGGAAUGGGUGCACAUCAGCGAUUUGCAAAUAUGUGGAUCCAUUUCACAAGCCUCUACAUCAGCAAUAAGCAGCAGUCUACAGAAGCUACCGCGACGAUUUCUCGCAAUAAAUCAAUUCCUUCGCAUUAGUAACCCAAACGAUGCCGACAUGUUCGCCAUAGUUCAAAGUCGGCUGGAGCCUAUAUUAGCAAAUGAACACUUCAAAACGCCGGCAGCAAAUGUGCAGUACGUUGUGGAAGGUUUGAUGGAGUUAUUCAAAAAGUUACAAGCAACGUUCAGUGUAUCUACACAUGGCUGGGAACACUAUAAUUUUAAUCCAAAGUUCGUAAUGAAACUGAUUCACAAUCUGCAUUACUAUCCUGCUGAAACUUUCAAUGAGGCUUUUUGCUCAGAGUUAAUCUCCACAUUCGAAAAUCGCUUGGCCAGUGAUGCUGACGUCAGCGAGUUUCAGAGUAUAUUUAGGCAAACAAUGCGCAAGAUUUACAGCAAAGAGGAAGUAUUCUUCGUCCCCAAGUCGCCAAAACACUGUGUCGAAUUUCGUGCACUCGCACACGAUGAGUGGCAGGAAGAAGUUCAGAAGCAAAUUACUAUUUGUAAUGCUGAGUCCUUUGUAAUCGACGAGCCGAUCACUAGGGAGCUGCUCGACUUGGCUUCCAGAGUGGCGCGAGUCCUGGCGCGCGACGAAACACACUUGUUGAUGAUUGCACGCGCGGGUGGUAGGCAUUUGGAUGCCCUCUAUGUAGCGGCCAAUUUGCAGCAUUCAAAGUUGUAUAUUAUGCAAGGUGGCGCUGGGUAUGGCGUAACGGACUUCUAUAACGAUUUGAAAUUAGCUAUGCAAACCGCGGCAACUGAGAACCAGUGCACCUGUUUGCUCAUCGAUCACUGUUGGAUUACGUUUGCCCCAGACAUAAUGAAGCCCAUUGAAGCUGUACUGGAAGGAAGCGAGAUACUUGAUUUAUUCGGCGAUGACUUGGAAUCGGUAGCGAGUACUCUGAAGCAUGCUGCCCAGUCGGAGGGUUUUCAGGAGUCCCUUGGCGCAUACUUUUUAAAAAGGGCCAAGAAGAAUCUACACCUUAUCAUAACCUUGGAUCCGGCCAACCCAUCCUUAAACAGUUUAUUCAGCAAAUUUCCAGCGCUAUACCGUAACAUGGAUAUAUGUUUUGUACGCACCGCUUCUACUGAAACUCAAAAUCAGCUACCAAAGAAAUUCAUUGAAAUGCUUGCCGAAGGGGCGGGUACUAAAGGCAGUGUACCAGUAUUCUCGUACUUUACUGAUGCUGUAGAAUCUUUAGUAACACAGCAGGCGCCGAAGCGCUACUACCAGUUAAUACGCUCUUACUACUAUAUUUAUUUGAAUUUUGCAAAGGAUAUAAACAAGAGGUUGGAAAAGUUGCAGCACGGCGUCGACAAACUAGCCGCCGCUCAUAACGUUGUAGACACACUCAAAUCCAACGCCAGCCAACAAGAGGAAGCUCUCGCCGACAAACGCAGACUAGCCAAUGAUGCACUCGAAAUGAUUUCAGCCACUAUGAGGAGUGCCAACGAUCAAAAAACUAACAUGCUUGAAUUAAAGAAAAAGGCCCAAGAGAGCAGUGAGCAGUUGAAAGAGCGUCAGAAAGAGAUUCAGCAGGAACUUGCAGAAGUGGAACCCAUACUCGCGGAGGCCAGCACAGCAGUGGGUCAAAUAAAGUCAGAAGCACUCUCAGAGAUUCGAUCGCUACGUGCACCACCAGAGACGAUACGCGAUAUACUCGAGGGCGUGUUGCGGUUGAUGGGCAUACGCGAUACCUCAUGGAAUAGCAUGAAGACUUUUUUGGCGAAACGUGGUGUAAAGGAAGAUAUACGCUCGUUGGACCCAGCUCAUAUCAAUCCGGAUAACUGUGCUGCAGUUGAAAAAUUGUUGAAGGUUAAGGCGGUAUCGUUCGAAAUGAAGAAUGCAAAACGUGCCUCUGCAGCUGCUGCACCACUUGCAGCUUGGGUAAAGGCAAGUGUGCAAUACUCAAAGGUCAUACAGAGCAUACGUCCGUUAGAGCGGGAGCAAACUGAGUUGCAGCAAAACUUGAAUGUAGCCGAGGGCGAAAUGCAACUGCUUAUGAGCGGCUUGGACGAUGUAGAUAAUCGUGUAAAGCAACUGUCGGCAAAAUUGAACUCUUAUACGCAGGAAGCAGCAGUAUUGGAAAUUAAACUAGGCCAAGCGCGAAAGACGUUGAAUGCAGCGGAAGUGCUGAUUGAUAAACUAAGCUCCGAGUUCCACAUGUGGAGUAAGCAAUUGGAAGAAUACAAGGCAUCUCAUAAAACUUUGGAUACCAAAUCUCUGCUAAUUGCGCUAGCUAUCAACUAUUUCUCUCAUCUGACCUUGGAGCGGAGAAGCUUCAGCAUGAAUCGUUUACUUGCCGAACUGCAGCUGAGGCCAUUCGAUUUGCGCAGAAGUUUACUUCCCGAACAGGAACAAAUUAUAUGGGAAAGCAUGGGUCUCGCGUCUGAUGCACAAAUCAUCGAAAACGCUGCGUUACUGCGUCAAAUGAUGGACUUACCUUUCGGAAGCUCCCCAAUACCUUUGGUACUGGACCCUACGCAAACCGCCACAAACUGGCUAGAAGAAUAUCUUCGCGCCAAACAAAGACCUUAUGGUAUAACUACACAAAGCAACGAGCGUUUGAACUACUUGCUUGAGUUGGCGGUACGCUUUGGCAAAGUGCUAAUAGUGCAAGAUUGCCAGCAAGUGCGUCCCCCAUUAUUGCAGCUAUUACAGGGGCGCUUUUAUGUCAAGUUUGGGAAAAAGCUGUUAGAAAUUGGCUCAAAAAUUAUUGACCUGCACGAAAAUUUUCAGCUCAUCCUCUUUUCAAAAACUAAUAAAUUGAGCAUCGAGCCAGAAACAUUAAGUUAUUUGACUUGUAUACCGUUCACUGUAACCGCCGUAGGACUGGCAGAUCAACUCAUGUCAAAAGCUAUCAUAUUGAAGAACCCCGAGCUGGAGCAAAAACGCAUUGAAUUGCUGAAAAAUGAAGGUGUGCUACUUAAACAGCGCAUCGAGUUGGAGGACAAGCUGCUGGAAGAGCUCUCAACUGCACAAGGUGACAUUUUAGAGAAUGAAAAGCUAUUGAGUACACUCAAUGAGGUGAAAGAAAGCAGCAAUUUUAUUGAUAAAUCGCUUAAGGAAAGUGCCUGUCUGAAGGAAUCGCUUCUGUCGGACUACACUCAAUUGCGAGAGCUUUGUUCACAGUCAGCAAAGUUUUACAUCGAGCUUAUUGCCUCAUAUGAGCUACCAGCCUUGGCGUAUAUACAAAUCUUUCUCCAAUCGGUGCAGGCAUUUGAAAGGCCCAGCUCAGUGGCACCAGGUGAUAUCCAAGUCUAUGAAUCACUGGUGUGUGCCACAUACCAAUAUAUAGCACGCUCUACACCACGUACAAGUCACCUUACUUUGGCUUUAUACAUAUGCAAAAGUGCGUAUCCAGAACGAAUGCCUGCAGCAGAAUGGGAAAUGUUUAUCACCAACUUUAUGGUCACAGCUGAUGGCGGCCUUGGAAGUGUUGAUUCUGGCUUAAUACAGUUGCCCGAUUUUAUCAGUAAAGAAUCAGCACUAAAAUUGCAGAUAUUAUUAAAACAAGUACCGCAACUUGAGGAACAGUUGCAAUUGCAGAAUGACUAUGCCUGGCGAAGUUUUGUCGUGGAUCAGACGCAAGAGAUGCCAGGUAAUAUCAAAUCACCUUUUCAUCGCGUACUCAUAGCGCAAAUAUUUCGUAUGGAUUUUGCCUACAUGCAGCUACGUCGGGCAGCUUCAGAAAUUCUGGGCAUAUCUCCAGACUCUGUCGUUCAGCCUACGGUGGAGCAACUUGCCGACGAAAACAAUGAAAACAAACCUAUUCUCGUGAUUACACAACCAGAAAAUGAUCCAGGUACCGAAAUAAAAAGUGUCGCAGCUAAGAAAAUCGGUCUCGAAAAAUACACGGAGCUUUCCGUAGGUCGCGGAAUGGAAUGCCGUGCUUUAAAUGCCAUACGUCAAGCAGCUGAAGUAGGCAAAUGGAUUUGCAUUAAAAAUGUUCAUCUCAUUCCCGAUUGGUUACCAGUGCUUGACCGAGAAUUGGAAGUUUUGCAGAAACGCGAUGGUUUCCGCCUUUGGCUCAUUUGUGAAUCAACGCGUAGGUUCAGCGAAACGAUUAUGUACAAGUUUGUGAAGAUUUUAUAUGAAUCUCCAAGUGGUAUUAAAUACAAAGUUCGUCGUAUGUUGCAAAACUUUACGUUAAGUGAAUUUCGUGGAAUAUCUAGGGAGGCGAAGCUAGUCAAAAUACGUUUUGUGGUUUUUAUUCUUACCGCGGUGCUGCAGGAACGUCGCAAAUACAUACCACAAGGUUGGUCUAAAUAUUAUGAGUUUGGAGAAGCUGAUUUAAAAGCCGCAAUGGAAGUGAUACAUUGGCUAGACUCCAUGAUAUCUGCCGGACGUUGCGAUUGGUUCAUUAUGCAAAGGUUAUGUGAAAAUGUUGCUUUCGGUGGACGUAUCAACAACACCCGUGACUUGCAAGUGCUGCAACGGUAUUUAGAAGAGUUUUGUUCUGCUGAUGUAAUGAACAAUUAUUGGAGUCCAUUGAAUACCAAAAUGAUUGUCCACACAAGUGCACAAGUGCUGGAUUAUUUAAGCACGAUUGCGAAAUUCCCAGACGCGGAGGGUCCAGAAGUAUUUCAGUUGUCGAAUCACACGAAUGUAAGCCGUGAAAUUGAGCAAUCAAAAAAAAUUAUUAGGGAUCUACGCAGAGCUUAUUAUAAAACAGAUAACGCGGAAGAAACAGCUGGCCCUGAUCAGGAAAAGAAUGAAUUGGCUCAGUUAGAGAAACAAAUUAAACCGGUGUUAGCACUUUGGCGCAAGUUGGCUGGUAAAUGUACCGUGCAACGAACCGCCGAUGAAAUGCGGGAAUCUACGCAAGCAGACUCGCCUUGGCAAUUAUUCGUUAUUAGUGAGUUGAAAAUAGCGGUUAGGUGUUUCCAGGAAGUGCACCAAACACUCUCGUUGAUACACAAUUGGUUCAAGUCAUUUUCUAGUAGCACAAAUUCAGAUAUAGACAUAAACUUGUUGCGAGUUUUGGCUGAAAAUCAGGUUCCUGUUUCAUGGUUACGCUGUUGGAGCGGUCCGUCAUCAACUGUUGAUUACAUACGGGCAAUUAUUGUGCGUGUGCAGGCCGCCGAACUGCGCUAUCGUUUGGAACUACAUUUAGAUUUUGGACACACAAUAGACCUCAGAUCCGUUUUCCAUGUCGAAAGAUUACUUUCCAGUCUCAAACUUACAAAUUCACAACAGUUGGAAACAUCUUCCAAAGGGCUCAAGCUGGCGGCCUACGCGGUGAAUGGCAAUGAGCAAAACAGUGGUCAAUCAAAUGUCUCGGUUAUUACAGUGGCACCACUGAAGGUAAAUGUUAAUAAUGCGACACCUCGUCGUUUUAUGCAUUUGUAUAUUUUGCUUAUAGUAAACAAAUACAACUCACUCCACCGAGUAAACGACCUCUCUGAACGCAUCUCUGACGAACGGGGUUUUAGUUGCAAAGUGUUUCGACUAAGGCGGUCAUUGGUUAUUGCCACCGACAUAUGCUUAUGUGCACGAUUUAAUUUAACUUAG